ACACAAUUGCGUACUCGAGCAAGACGUUGCGUUUGUAUUUUUGUCAGCUGUGGCUGUUAUCAGCCAUCUGAUUCGGUUUAUCGUCAACCGUUGCCAACACAAUACCGGCAACCGAUUUAUCGACAACAAUCGAAUGCAUCACCGUGCAUGACAAAUUGCAUCCAAAGUUGUAUGCAAAAUCAACGAAGUGCUUGCCAACAAUCAUGCCAGAAUUCAUGUGGUAUACAAUCAGCUUAUCAACAUUCAAGAGGACCGACAUCUUAUCAGUAUGAGCCAUUGCUUCAUGAAGUAGCCAACGGGCAACAAAGCGCAGGUGGAACAUGUAUAAAUAUUUGCAUGCCAGGCUGUGAAUCACAAUGCAUUGAAAGAACCACUCCGAUACCUGUGGUACCGCAACACAAUAGUCCUAUACCUGUGAUACAAAGUCAGACUCCUUCCUACUACGCAUCACAGCAAUAUGAACCUGCGAUACAGCAAUCUUCCAAUAAUGACAACAUACUUUGCAUUCAUCUAUGCAUGCCAUCCUGUGAAAGUCAAUGCAUUCAACGAACCACUUCCGCAAUUCCGCCCUAUGCGGAACGAACGGAACAACCAAAUGCUAUUUAUUACUCGAAACAAACCUCGUAUUCACCAUCAUCUCAUCAAAAUUUCAUUCAAACUAAUCAGAAAUCAAUUAUUGUUCGACCACAGUAUUAUAGUGGUACAGCAACCAUUUGCAUACCUAUUUGUAUGCCAUCAUGUGAGAAACAUUGUACCGAAAAUCAGGGUGAAAGCGGUGCAGGUGAAGAAUACACAAAUGGUGGUGGUGGUGGUGGUGGUGGUGGUGGUGGUAGUGGUGGCACCGAGGAACCAGUUGAUCCUGCCCAAACUGAUUUGCUACCUCAUGAAAUUUCAAUUAACUUACCACAAUCGAUUCAGCAAUCACCGGAUUGCAUGAAUUUAUGCCACGAAACAUGCUUGCAACAAUGUAUUGGACAAAACCAACCAGAAGAUCAAUGUCGGCCAUCCUGUUUCUAUACAUGUCAGGAAAGUUGUGCUCAAUCUCCGGCUAAUACCGCUACUGCCAGUUCCGUUCAGCAACCACAAGUGGAAUCAGAAGUUCAUGAAACAAUGACACAAACUUCUUCCGAUAACUCUAUGAAUCCCCCACUUUUUAAAACUUUUCUUCUUCGAUCACCACCAUAUUAUCGUCAAACUAAACCUCAGGUUAUCAACUGUCUGCCUGACUCAGCAAGAAUCGGUCAUUGCAAAUGUCCAUUUGGUUAUGUUACAUGCUUAUCAACAAAAUCUGGUGUUAACAAACAGCAAUGUUGCAAGAAAUGGCGAUAA